AUGUGGUUGAAUAUGCAGAGCUGGGGGACUGUGGCCCAGGAAAAUGGAACGCAAAACCUCCCUGAAAAGAAAAGGAAUAAUUCCCCGGAUUGGCUGUUGAUGUGGAAGGCACUUGUGACAGCACAAACGUUUGCUUUUGGGUGCAAACAGAAAGAGGAGCCUCAGAACGCUCUUAGCAGCAUCACGCGUCCAGCUGAAAUAAUAUCAGAUCAGAAAGUGGGCCGAAGGUCUCUCAACCACCAGUCCACGUUCGUAGAUUCUGCUGCUGGAGGUAGCUAG